CUUCCGGUCAGGGGAAGUAAUUUUGCCUUGAGACUCGUAGGGUGACAUUGAGCCCUCAAGUUUAGUCACCGCUCGGAAUGGCUCUGAUAAUUACCAGAGCCGUAAGUGCAUUGCAGCCACACGCCCGACAGCUUUUACUUGUGCAAGCAGGAAGAGUUCAAGCAUCAGUUUUGCCAAGUACAACACAAGUUGCACACCUGACUUCUACACACGGCGAACCGUCAAAAUCCAGGCAUCCUCCAUGGCCGUAUAAAAAGCGUCCAUAUAAUUCCUUUUACCAAUACUUUGAUAAUACGAGGAAAAGAUUUGACGACAAUACUAAAGUCAUUGUCAUAGAUGGCAAUCUGGCAGUGGGGAAGUCGUGGUUUGGCGAAAAACUGGCCAAAGAAUUCGAUAUGAAGUUCUUUCCAGAUCCUAGAGAUUCAAACAUGUUUCUAACUGGAGAGAAUUUCGAUUUGAGAUCUCUAAAUGAGCAACUACCUCCAAGGAUUAGAUUCACAGAUCUGGAGACCUUCUACCAACAGAAGGCACCGAAAGAACAGCUAGAGUCCAUUGGGCGUACACUGUUAACCAUGUAUUAUUCCAGCUUCUUCGAAUAUGUAGAUGCUUUGGAGCACCUCCUGAACACCGGACAAGGUGUUGUGGUGGAGAGAGGUAUCUUUUCACAUAUGGUGUUUCAAAACGUCUUCCGUAAGAUGGGUUUCAUCACUGCACCUGCUUUGAAGUACAUGAAUUUUGUGUAUGACAACACCAUCUGUGAGCUGUGGCGCCCACACUUAGUCAUUUACCUUGAUGCACCUUUUCCUUUUCUGCGCAAAUUGGUGAACAAACGCAAUGUUAGCUAUGAAGUUAAUGGACCUGUCAUCACAGAUGACUUUUUGAAGACAGUGGACACAAUGUACAAAGAAAAGUAUCUGCCUGUCAUGGGCAAGUACAGUGAUGUGCUCACAUAUGAUGUGUCUGAUAUGCCAGACUGGGAGAUUAUUGUUGAGGAACUUGAGACCCGUAAUCUUGACACAAAGCCAUUUGGACAAAAUAAGUUCAAGGACUGGCAGUCCACAUUUGACAAUGACUACAAUCUUUACCGCAUGAACUUGGCUAAGAAAUGGCAGGUGCAGAGUCUUUUCAGCAUGUCUGUUCCUUGGGAUGCACCAGAGUUGUUGAUUCCAAACGACAUGUUACCAGUCUAUACGAACGUUGUCGAAGAGCAUCCAGAAGUAAAAUACGCUCCUGGAUUCAACCCUGAGACACACAAUGUACUGUUCAAGUAG